CAUGCAGAGCUUUGGUAGAUGAAUUAGAAUGGGAAGUUUCUCAGGUGGAUCCCAAGAAGACAAUUCAGAUAGGAUCCUUCCGAAUAAAUCCUGAUGGUAGCCAGUCAGUGUCUGAGGUUCCAUAUGCUAGGUCAGAGUCUCACCUGACAGAACUCUUGGAAAAAAUCUGUGAGAAGAUGAAGGAAUACGGAGAGAAGAUAGAUUCACAUACUCAUCGAAAGACGUAUGUCCGUGUACUUACUCGUGAUGGCACAAAAAUGGAUCUGUCUGAAACCAAAUUUAAUGAGGAUGUUACUGCAGAACUUAAGUUUGCUAUCUGUGUGACCAUGCUCUCCGUAUACCUCAUGAUGAACUGUGAACCACAUUACAGUUGCCUGCACAGAAUUAAUCGGCAUAUUGAGCCCUGGGUUAUAAGCAGAUGCUGUGGCUCUGACAGCAGUUCUUUAACAGACUUUCUCUUUUAUAAAGCUGAGACCUGGAAACUUGAACUUUGGUAGUUUAAAAAGUGACCAAACUUUAAUGUUGCUGGAGCUGUGGUCAACUUCUGUCUCCGACCUUGUCUUUUUUGUACCAUCAGAUUCACGUUUCUGUAGGAUAUUUUUAGGACCCUGAUACACUGUAUUGAUGUGUUUAAUGGCAUUGCUUAUGCACAUUUGUGUUUCUGGUUAGUGAUGACAAGAAUGUUUCACUGCUAGUAACUGAACAUUGCACUGGUAAUAGUAAACAGAUUUGUGAUACAAGUUUAAACAAAGUGCAUGUCAUUAAUUAAGAAAAUACCAAACAAAUGAAAAUGUAGUGAAACAUAUUGAAUGGAAGUGGGAUUAUAACCCUAAGUAACUUAUUACCUCAUUUUCUGCAAAUAUAAUGUUUGACUGUGAGAGUCUGGUCUGUAGUUUGAGUAUGAGACAGCACAGUAUUCCAAUUUCUAUAUCGGAUCUCUUCCCUAAUAAAGGCUCUUCAUGUAGGUUAUGUAAAUUUUACAGUACAGAGACAAGCCCUAGCCUUCUGUCCCUGUUGCCUUGGUUUUUGUCUCAGUGGAUUAGCAUAGUAAGCUCUUUGCCUUGUCAAUAGAUCAGCUUGGUUUCAUUGUUUAACCGUCAUGGAAGUAUCUUACCUGUCCAUCUCUUAACAUGCCUCUGUUUAUCUGUCUUGAGUUAUUAUGCCUCAGUACUCCAUACUGAUUUUUUUUUUCCAUCCACUUGUCAAGGCCCCAUUGACUGCUUUCCAGCUGUACCUGUACCCUCAUAGAAUGUUGGGUUUUGCUUAUGUUUUUUUUUUUUUUGAGGGGAGGGUGACAGUGGACAAAGUUAAAACCUGUUUGAAUGAACCACGUUCUGGUGAGCGAGGGUAUGCAGUGCAAAUAUCCUUUCAGUUGCUUGUGUCCAGUUAAGCUGAUUUUUUGUGUUCCCAUAUGCUUCCCUUGGUUAGGCAAGGAGAUAAUUCUACAGAACUGGAGUUCCUUAUGUCUUCACCCAUCUUCUAGUGACAUAAUGAACACUGUUAGAAACACAUUUGCUGUUUGACUUAAAGCACAGCUUGCUCAUUUCCAGUUUUGUGAGACUGCGCUCAUAGCCUUAAGUGUAUGCAUGUCACAUCUUAAGUGAACAUUAACUUUAGAUAAGUGUGAAGGUUUAGAUGUAAAAUAUAAAAGGUUCCAUUGGUAUUGUUUCCAGUUGCACUAGUUUUGAGACUUGGAUUUGUGGGUUGGUUGUGGACCAGCAAGGUUUUAAGAUGUAUAAUAGGCUUUGUACUCUCAAUCUGGUUGUUUCCCGGGUAUGGCAGUAGACCUUGAUAUAUAACACCCCCCCCCCCCCCCCAAAAAAAAAUGUCAGCAUUGAGAUGCAUGUUGGAAUUCUCGUUUGCAAGAAAUGGUCACACUUUGUGAUACGUGUCAUGUUCUUAUUUACAUAACCUUGGUGUCUGCUUCUUUAGUUACAAAGGUUAUGGUUUACAUAAUCAUUAUUGGAAGUACAGUGAGCUGUGUAAUUCAUAACCGAUAAAUGUGGACUCUGUACAGCAGUUAUCUGAAUUUGCAGAAAUGUGAGACUGAAAAAAUGUAUUUGCUGCAGCCCUUAAUGCUAAGACUGAAAAGCAUAACUUUUUUUUUAUUCUUGAGACUCGCCAUUCCCUUCAUCCUCUAAUUUAAUGUGUAGUUGAAAUUCUUUGUUCUGUGCCUUAAUGCUGUCUUGUAUUUUCUUUUCAGUAAUACUGGCCCCUGGAGUAACUGAGAACUACAGCCUUGUAGAAUGUAGUUUUCCUUGAUUAAAAAUGGGAACAAAGGAAUGAGUUGGGGAGCCCCUUUUUAAGUCUAUACAUAGUUAUUCUACUACCCAGCUCCCCAUUUACCUAUACUGUGUAGUUUCAGCUAAAAGUGCUCCCAUGGCUGCACGUCUGCUGUUCCAGCCCAUUGUUUGGUACUGUAAGCUUCACAUUGGGGCAGAGGGUAUAGAAUCUUUUACUGUGUCCCACAGAACUCCUCCCCUCACUUAUCAAUUGGGUAGCUGUUGCCCGGACUAAAACGCAUACGAGUAGCCACCAUGGGAUGUUUUAAAGUAUUUUGCUUAUCCAGGGCAACUAAUUAGCGCAUAGGGUUAAUUUAGUUACCUUCUAUGCACAGCUGCUGCUAUUCCUUAUUUAUGUGGGCAUGUGUUAAAAAUGUGCAUCUGUGGGUGCGUCAUCUGCCUUUGAAUAAAGCCAUGUUAAUAAGGAGCUAGUAUUAUACUUUAAAGCUGUUUUCAGAUCUUAAAACAUUGUUGGAAAUAUUCUUGGCUUUCACAGUAAAGUCUGUGUAAAUCUAGCCUAGUAUGAAAUAUUUUUAGACACUGCCCAAGCUUUAACAUGGUUUGUGCCAACACCUCUGAUCUCUGCUUGAAGGGUCAUUCUUGUUUCUGAACAUUGCUCUGUAGGACACACCUUUUGGGUGUAUUGAGCAGUAUGGGCUACAGUACUGCUUUUUAUAGUGGAAAUGAUUUCAGACUUCUCAAAAAUAAAAUUGUGCUUGCCAGAACUAUAAAGCAUUGCACAAGUUGUAUUUAGAUCUUGUGUAACUCCUUUUUUAAUUCAGUUGUUAUUAAACCGAAGUUAUAAUAACUGAGGCAUAAGCAAUGACUUUCUGUUCAAGUAACAUGCAGAUUGUUCCAGAUAAGUGCUGCUUCCUCCCCUUAAUUUCCAAAUUCUUGUUUUUGACAAAACAAGUUACCUACAGUUCAUGUUAUAGAUUUGAACCUGGUUGUAAAGAGAAAACCUUGCAGUUUAAUCUAGCUUACCAGGUAAGGCUUUGUGGCACAGCCUGCUUGCUAUAUUAAUGCAGAAGUGGUUCUAGUGUUAUCUACUGUUAGUACUGCAUAAAGCCUUUAGGAGAAAGGAGAGCCAGCUGAGCACACUACUGUUGCAUAAUAGUUUUAAGAGAUGUACGUGGCACAUCAGCUAUUAAGUUUUGCAUUCCAGUGUUGGUAAGGGACGUCAAAUCCUGGUGACCUUUUUUCUAAGUAGACUUAAGAAGGUGCACAGUUUAAUUGACUUUAUAAUAUGUUUUGGUCAAGAUUACAUGUGAUUUUGUUCUUCCGUUUUCUUACUUAAUAUACUUCUUGUGCCAAUAACUGUUUUUAUUAUAAUUGUAUUUGUUCUUCAGAACGGUGUACCAGACUUCCAUGCAUUCAUCAGUGUUACUGUACAUAUAGCUUCUUUAUGCAGUUUUAUAAUAAAAGUGCCUUUUGUUAAAAAUAA